AUGCCCUUCUACCAAAUCGAGCACUCCACCCCCCUAAUUAGACCCCAACGCAACGCCCUCGCCCUCGCCAUAACAACCAUCCACACCCGCAAGUUCGCAACACCCAGUCUCUUCGUCAAUGUACGUUUUACAGACUCGGGAGAUCAUGUCAACUACGUUGGCGGGAAGGAAUGCACAUCCAUGAACCGCGUCCUCGCAUACGUCCGGUCCGGAGGAAGCCGCUCCAAGGCAGACUUUGACGAUAUGGCAUUGAAGAUCCAGGCUGCUUGGGAUGAGAUUGUAGGCACUGGGCCUGAGGAGAGAUUGACGAGGGUCCUUGUGCUGGGUGCGAUUACGUCAGGGUUGGAGAGCGGGUUUGUGCUGCCGGAGGCUGGGAAGGAUGUCUCUUGGUUGAAGGAGAAUAUGGCGAGGUUUGAGGAGCGCGCGGAGAAGGGGGAUGAGGAGUUUGUGGAGCUUGUGAGGGAGAUGAGGGAGAGGGAGGAUUUGCAAUAG